UCAGAUAUUUUUGUUCAUCAAUCAGUGAAUCACACUCUUCCAAUCAGUCAAACCAAACUUCAAACCCUCGCCGGAAUGGACGUUCCCACGACGGAGCCACAAGGGCCGCCGCCGCCGGUGCAGAGAAGCUACUGGCGGAGGUGGAGCAAGCAAAACCUUUUCCCAGAAGAGUCAUUCCGGAACUGUUCUUCGUACAAAUCUGCUCUCUCGCAAACAUGUUCUCGCCUCAAGGACCGUCUCUUGGAUCGCUCCUCCGACGCCUAUGAGCUCUUCGAACUUCCCAAGGCCAGUGAAAUCGGGAUGAAGAAAUGCCUUACUUGGUGGGAUUUGAUCUGGCUCGCUUUCGGCUCUGUAGUUGGUUCCGGCAUUUUCACGAUCACCGGCCAAGAAGCCCACGAUCAUGCUGGACCUGCGAUUGUGCUCUCUUACGCAAUUUCUGGAUUCUCCGCAUUGCUCUCUGUCUUCUGUUACACUGAAUUUGCCGUCGAAGUUCCCGUCGCCGGAGGCUCGUUCUCUUUUCUCCGCAUCGAAUUGGGGGAUUUUAUUGCGUUCAUCGCUGCGGGGAAUAUUUUCUUGGAGGCGAUUGUUGGUGCGGCCGGACUCGGCCGGUCUUGGUCUUCCUAUUUUGCGAGUAUGAUCAACACUAAUGACUCCGAUUUUCUUCGGAUUAAGGUUAGUGUCUUUUCAGAUGGGUUUAAUCUUUUGGACCCAAUUGCUGUUGUGGUGCUUCUUGUUGCUAAUGGUAUUGCAAUGAGUGGAACAAGGAGGACAUCUCUCUUGACAUGGAUAACUUCUGUGAUCAGUAGUUUCAUAAUUGUGUUCGUAAUUGUGGUUGGAUUUGUGCGCGGGAGCUCUGCAAAUUUGGUGCCCUUUUUUCCUUAUGGUGCAAAGGGUGCUUUCCGAGCUGCAGCAGUUGUUUACUGGUCUUAUACCGGUUUUGAUAUGGUGGCCACCAUGGCUGAGGAAACCAAGAGACCUUCAAGGGAUAUACCGGUGGGUUUGAUUGGAUCUAUGUCUAUGAUCUCUGUGAUCUAUUGCUUGAUGGCCUUGUCAUUAACAAUGCUGCAAAAAUAUACCGAGAUAGAUAGAAAUGCAGCCUAUUCUGUUGCAUUUGACAGAAUUGGGAUGACUUGGGCUAAAUACUUAGUUAGCAUAGUUGCUAUCAAGGGAAUGACUACAAGUUUGUUGGUGGGAUCUAUGGGGCAAGCUCGCUACACUACACAGAUUGCUAGAGCCCAUCUGAUUCCUCCCCUCUUCGCCCUAGUUCACCCGAGAACCGGAACCCCUGUUUAUGCUACUCUUUUGACGACCUUAACUAGCGCAAUUGUUGCACUAUUCACUAGUUUGGAUGUCUUAUCAAGUGUUUUUUCAUUCAGCACACUAAUGAUAUUUAUGCUUAUGGCUGUUGCGUUGCUCGUGAGACGAUAUUAUGUUAAGGACACGACACCAAGAAGCGAAUAUGUCAAGUUUCUAGUGUGCUUGUUUAUCAUUUUGGGUUCUUGUGUAGCAUUGGCAGUAGUUUGGAAUUUGAAUAUGCAAGGAUGGAUUGUAUAUGUCGUGCCAGCCACAUUUUGGUUUUUUAGCACGCUGGCCAUGUCGUUGCUUCCCAAGUAUCGAUUCCCCAAGGUUUGGGGUGUUCCUCUUGUUCCUUGGUUCCCAUCACUGUCUAUAGGGAUGAAUCUCCUUCUCAUUGGAUCUUUGGGUAUUGCGGCAUUCUUAAGGUUCUUCAUUUGCAGUGCAGUAAUGCUUCUGUAUUAUCUUUUUGUUGGUCUUCAUGCCACAUAUGAUAUAGCUCAUCAAGAUGACAUAGAUUCCCAAAACGAGGAGAGAAAAGAGAAUGUCAGUAGGGGAAUAUGAUAGAUGUUGCAUUAUAUUCAUCUGUAAAUAGCUUUCUGGUUCUGGAGUGCUAAGAUGUCAAUUGUCGGUUUUUCAUCAACUAUGUUCUUCUGUUGGUUAUCAAUUAAGCUGUCAGUUGAGAAGACAUGGAGAUAUCAUCAUAUUAAAUACAUUUCUCUGAUGAUAUCACAAUAUUUUUUGUUCACACAGCCGUACAAUAAUCUAAGUUUCUGGCUCUCUGGUUUGAAUAGUCAUUUUUUUGAGAAUUUAUGUACUCAAUUUGAGGUGUCUUGUUUUCUUAAAUUGCUAAUUUCAACAAUUGAAGACUUGUAUCAUUGCAUCCCUUAUGUGAAUAUAGCUAGUAAUUGGUACAGUUA